GCGUAGCAGCUCAGGCCACUUGCUAUCCUGUCCAUCUCCAGGAUGCAGAGGUGUCGGGAAAGCAGUAGUUGACCAUGGAGACUGGUUAUCUCCUUCAUUACUCUGGUGUGGCGUGGUGGCUUUAUCUGUAAAAGCUCCAGCCGCUGGGGAAGUUUUAAUGACACAUUUGAACAAAAGAUGAGAGGGCAAUGACGGGAGGGGGGCCCCUCCCUCCUGCUCUGGUAGGUAAACCGGGAGUGAAGUGGCCUUUGCCCUGCCCUUCCCUCAGGUCUUCAUGCAGUAAUGGCUCCUAAGGUUGCUGUGGGAUGAGAUCCUGGUUCCUGAGACCAGUUCCUUCCCCCACUUCCCAGACAAUUGUAGACUUGGGCUUUGUGCCCCUUCUAUGUGCUGGUGCCCUCCUCUGUGAUAAUAGCUGGGUCAAGGAGGUGGGAGGGGAAUGGAAAUGGAAUCAAAUCUGGCUUGCAACUUCACCCUCUUCUGAUAACUCCCACGGACCAAGCCCUACCUGGUGAGGAUCAGUAAGGGGGCCCCUAGGGUUGGAAAGUUGGGAUGACUCGAGUUUGGUCCCACUCUCAAGGCCUAGUUCUUUGUCACACCUCCACCAAUCUCAGCCCUUCCGCUUGUGUUUCCCCACUCAAGUCCCUGGCCAUUUUCAGUCCAGACUCAAAAGCAUUUUACUUAGGAAACAACUUUCCAACUCUGGAAAAAGGGCACCACAGCUGCCCGACUUUCACGUUUAACAUCCCCUCUGGUGUUCCCCACUCAUGUCCCUACUACUGAUUGGUGUGGAGGGAAAUCGAAAGCACCCCCGGGGUUCAGUGUUGAGAGGGUUUGGAGGGCAGGAGUCGAUUGCUGCAGAGCACCAAGCUCCAAGACUAGAAAGGCUGACGAAGAACGCGGAGGGGCUGGGACCUUGCUGUAUCAGGAGUUACGGCCCCGACCCUGGCCUUGGUCCAGACUUUCCAGUCUGGAAGAAGGAGCGGUGGGAUCCGCACUUCGCAUGGGCCCCACCUGUGCCUGGAGAGGGGCAGGGCCGGCCAAUAGACAGGGCCCGUCCCACACGGGCAGCCAAUAGGCGGGAGGAGGCGGACCCUCAGGGCGGGUGGGGGCGGGCCGGCACUAAGCCCCGCCCCUGGGUCCCCGGCGCUAGCUGAACGCGUAGCGAUGACCGCUCUGAGCAGGGGCAAGGCCGCGGAGGCGAGCAGAUGCAUGGAAAGACGGCUUCUCUGAAGAGUCCUGUGUCCCGCACAGAGAAACUAGACAGGGUUCAGGCACCGCCGGACUCCAGUCUGCACUGGCCACAAGGCUCGAAGGGCGAAGAUAUAAAGAAGUGCAGUAGAGAGGGGACACUACUGAGUAAAUACAAUCAGCAAUACCACAAGCUGUUCAAGGACAUCCCCUUGGAGGAGGUGGUUCUCAAAGUGUGCUCCUGUGCCCUGCAGAGGGACCUCCUUCUCCAGGGCCGGCUCUACAUCUCCCCCAACUGGCUCUGCUUCCAUGCCAGCCUCUUUGGCAAGGAUAUCAAGGUGGUCAUUCCCCUGCUGUCUGUGCAAAUGAUCAAAAAACACAAGAUGGCACGGCUCUUUCCCAAUGGCCUGGCCAUCACCACCAAUACCAGCCAGAAGUAUGUUUUUGUGUCACUGCUCUCCCGGGACAGUGUAUAUGACACGCUGAGGAGGGUCUGCACUCACCUACAGCCUUCCAGCAAGAAGAGUCUGAGUGUAAGAGAAUUUCCAGAGGAACCCGAAUGCGAGUCUCUGGAAGUCCUCAUCCCCGAGAUGAAGUGGAGAAAAGUGUGCCCUGCCUCCAGGACCCCGUUCCUCCAAGACAACAUCCCUUCUAUCCCUCGGGUGUCUGUGGACUCCAUGGACAGCUUCCUCCCCUCCAGGAAACCUCCAGGGUCUGAGAAUGCUGUCUGUGAGGAGGAGAUGCUGGAGGAGGUGCCCAGAAGCAACCAGGAGCUGCAGCUCUGGGAUUACCGGCUCCUCAAGGUCUUCUUCGUGCUGAUCUGCUUCUUGAUCAUGUCCUCGUCCUAUCUGGCAUUCCGUAUCUCCCAGCUGGAACAGCAGUUAUGCUCCCUGAAUUGGGAUAGCCCAGUCCCUGGGCACAGGUGA